AGUGAGGAUAUUCAAAACCUCGUAUGGCCAGUGCAUUCUUUAGAUCUGAAUCCUAUUGAAAAUGUUUGGUAUGCUUUGGGGAGGAGUCUUGUUGGUCGACAAUGCCCUUUAAACAAGGACACCCUCAUCUGUGCACGAUAAAGGAAUGGAAUAAGUUAUUACCACAGCUGCUGGAUAAUGUUGUGCAAUGUAUGACAUGAUGUGUGGAAUCUUGCGUCGCCCUCCUUGGUGGCCAUAUCCUGUAUUGAUACCUUACGCCAGAAUGCCUGCUGACGGUGAUACAAGAGACAAAGUUCCAAAGGCUGCUUGUAGAAAUGGCUCAUAUAAUAAAGAUUCAUCUGAAUUAAAAUCAAAAGCUUCCUCAGGGCCUUCUGUUUUAUUUCUGUGGCUUUGGAAUUGGUUUGUUACUCUACCAAAGACAGUCUCAAAUUUGUAUGCUGAUCUUAAGAGUGGAGAACUUCUUGCAAGAUUUACAUUACUAGAUGCUAUGCUUCAAUUCAUUGUUGCAGUUGCUACUUCUUGUCAUCCCCAAGAAGAAGCACCUGGUGGAGAUAUAGAUGAAAAUAAAGUAAAUACUGAUUCACCUAGCAAAAGUGAUUUAAAGGCAUUUAAAGGUACUGGUAGAACCUUGCGUUCACGAACAGCUGAUACUCAUUCAUAGUUAAAAAUCUAGACAUUUUUUUCUAACAUAGGCAUAACCACCAAUUACAAUUCUUUUUCUGUUGAAGCUUUUUUCCAUUUAUAAGAAGUUACUUAAUUCUAGAAGAUUUUAAUACAUCAGUUAGACCUGAACUUAAUGUUUCUCUGCCCUUCCCACAUUGUAUGAAAUAUAUUUUUCUGUAAACUACUGUUAAGUGUAAUUUGUAAACUUUAUAUAGAAAUUCCUUAUGUUUGUAAUUUUAUAUUAUUUUAUGUAAUAUUUUGUAACAUUGUCUGCUCUUGAUGUGUAAUUAAUAAUUUGCAGGUAUUUUUGACCGACCAUCGUUUCUAUAUUUCUGUAGUCAGUACAUUUCAUUUUUUUUUUUCAGUAUUUAUAAAGAUAUUUUAGUAUGAAGAAUGAAGAAUAUAGUUAUUGAAUGAUUAAUAGAGAUUUAUUUGUAAUGUUGGGUUAUAUUGGGUUUGGAAAGUUAUCAACGAGUUUAUUUUUAGGUAUGGUUCAACUGCCAUUUGUGCGAUUACUUAAAUGAAGUUCUGCUUUAAUUUUUUUUAACUAAUUACUGUAGCUAGUAUUGUAUCAUGAACCUAGUGAAUUUCUUAUAAAAUUUCAAAAGAACUUAGUGUGCAUGGUUUAGCAUUUCUCCGAGUUCAAAACUUAAAAUACAGAACUAAGUAAAACUUAUUUAGUAUUGUUAAUAAUAGUAUUAAAUACUUACUUGUUUUCCAGUGACUCGGGGCUUGGCACAUUUAAGGAUUAAUUUUUGGGUAAAUAUUUAAAUUUAAUUAUAAUUAUCCUUUUCUGGUAAAUAUUAUCUGCCAACCAUUCCAUCCACAUGAUAAAUUACUGUGAUACAGUGUGUAUAACAUUAUGACUAAUGAAGCUGGUAUUGUGAGGAUGCUUCAUUUGAUAAUACUUCAACUUAUUUAAUAGAUAUUUUUGUUUCAUAAUUUCAUAUUUCAUUUGUGGCAUCUGUUUGUAUGUAACUUAACUUCACCAUUUUAUUUUUUACAUGAUGAAAUGUUCUAAUUUUUAUUUUGAUAAACUAUGAAGGAUCUGUACAAAUAGAUCUGCAUUUAUGUGGCUGUCAGUUUUUUAAAGUUUCAUGUAAAUGUGUAUCUAUUUAUAAUACACCAUGUUUGUGUAUAUAUUUUAGUGCACAUUCAAAGUUGACGCCAAAAAGAGAAUAAUAGUUGUUUUUAUGUUUAAUUGUAUUCUUAAGUCAUUUUUGUGUAAUAAAAAAAUUUCUAGAUUAUUA